UUUCCUUUAUUUUCCACCAGUCCUGUUUAAAUUUCCUAUAUAAUUUGCCUUGAGUAUUUUUAGAUAUUAUAAAAUAAUCACUGUGUUAUUCAAACUUUGAUUCGCCGUUCGACAAUGUCUUUACUUACGGAGAAUACGAAAAUAUUGAAAUUUUUAGAAUUGGUUGGUCGACUCAAGCACGAGAAGAGAACGGGAUGGGUGUUAUGUGAUAUCGCCGAGUGCGAAUCAAUCGCUGGACACAUGUAUAGAAUGGGCCUGAUGACUUUCCUGCUCACUGAAGAGACUAAUACUACAAAGUUAGACAGAUUCAAGUGCCUUCAAAUUGCACUAGUCCAUGACCUCGCAGAAUGCAUAGUAGGAGACCUUACUCCUCAUUGUGGAGUCUCACCUGAGGAAAAGCAUCGGCGAGAGGAUGAGGCCAUGAAAAUUAUUACAGAACUCACAGGUCUCGCUGGAAAUACAAUGUAUGAACUUUAUAAGGAUUAUGAAAAUCAAAGUUCACCAGAGGCCAAGUUUGCCAAAGAUUUAGAUCGCUAUGAUAUGAUACUACAAGCGUUUGAAUAUGAGAAGCGUGAAAAUGCACCAAGAAAAUUACAAGAGUUCUUCACUGCAACUGAAGGAAAAUUUGGCCACCCAUUUAUUCAAGGGUUAGUUAAAGAGCUGUAUAAACAAAGAGAUGAGUUUGAAAAGACUCAUCUAUUAAAUGGAAAUGCAUAAUAUUAUAUACUAAAUUUAGUUUUAUCUUUGCUUGGCUAUUUUCAAGGACAUUGUAAAUAAAAGCAAGCAUACCUAUUAUAGUUAUAGAGUACUAUACUUGUCCCGUGAAAAUGACACAUGGCAAUAAAUAGUUCAAUUCUGAUUUUAAUUUAAGCUAUUAUGAUUGUUAUGUAUUUUUAGUUAUAAUGAAAAUAUUGUCAUUAGCUACUACUUAUGCCCAAAAUACAAUAACCGCAAACCAGAUGCAUGUAACAUAGAUAUAUUGUUUAAUAUUUAUUUUGCUUUAUUCAUUAUAUAGCUUUAUUUUUCAUGACAGUUUGUAUUGUCUACCACAUAGGUCUACCAAAGCGGAAUAUGAUUUAUGCAAUCCAACAUGACACUAAGGCUUAUUUGUAAAAUACUAACAACCUCACAGAAGUAUAUUACACGCCUACCGUUUAACUGAGUCGGUUUUGAGGUAGCUGAGUGGUGUAAGAGGAGUGUCAGUUUACGUAACAGUACUGUCGCAGUGCACAUUGGAUAAUUUCAACAAGAUUUUACGACGGUAUUCAAUAAUAAGUUGAUUGAAAAACUGACUAACUCAAGGCGGUAGACCUGUACUAACAUUAUAAACAACAUUUGUCUCAUGACUGUUAAUAAUUCAUUAGAUUUUACUUUUGUACAAAAAUAUGAAUAUUUAAAUUAACCGCUCUAAACGGUGCAAAAUUCUGUGGAGUUUGUAAAAGAAUGUGUUACGUUAUCCGGAACUUAGAUGACGUUCUUUUAUAUAAUACAUAAUAUGUGAGGUGUAACGGAAAGGUUUCAUCAAUACAAAUGGAUUAAAUAUUGUACUUUAUGUACAGAACUCAGCACAUCAAGCUACAUGUUGCCGGAUCUUGUUCUGCUCAGGAACCGAAAUAAAACUGUAUAUAGCUUGAUGUGCUGUUGACUGUACAUUGAUAAAAGAUUAAAACAAGCAUGAAAAAAGUGUUCGUUUUAUAAAACUAACCUGUAACAAUUUGUUAACUUCCAUUCAAAACAACAUCUGUGUUCCAGCUCUAAUAAUUCGUAAUUCUAUUCAUUCUUUCUAUCUCUAGACUACUGUGCGCUUGGAAUACGUAUAUACAUGCCAAAAUGUAUUUUAAUUUGCAUGUGUUGUGCAACUGUUCAUAGGAUGCGCGGCGAAGAUCAAAAAUGUAGCCUAUAGCAAUUACAACACAUUAAAGGCUGCCAUUUAGCACAGCUCUUUGUUGUUAACUCUAUUACAGUUUAUAUCCAUAAACUAAUUAUUCCCCUUCGUAUUACUAUACCCGUCCAUUACACCCUGUUUAUACUGGAACAUAAUAAUUUAGAUUUACCUUAAAGCAAAUGUGAUUUUUAAAUAUUAGAGUAUGAUUUAAUUACGUAGGUAUACUAUUGAUUAUAAUGUACACAAUAUAUCUGUGGCUUAGUAAGAAGUUCUUAAGUAAGAUAUAUAUAUGUACGUAUAAAUAUAAGUAUAUAGAUAUAUUUGUAAUCUAUUAGAUACUGAAGUCGUCAGAACAGAUAGUCACCUACACUUAUUAACCACGUAUUAACUAAUUGAUUAUGUAGUUAACACAAUUUAUUCUUGUAAUAGUUUUCAUUUAUGUAUGGGUAGCAUUGUCCUAAAUAAGUCAAUGGUAGGUACUACACUUGUGCCUCCAAAAGCUAGGCGUGAAAGUUGUUACUGUACAAACCAUUAUUAAUAAAAAACUUGCAUAUUAAUUGAAAACAUGUUUGUAGAGAUUGCUCAAAUUCAUUUGUCUGUGUUAAAUAAUAUUUUGUCUCAUAUACAAAAUUAAAGCAGUGAUAAAAUUUGCUUUUUUUAUCUGUGUCUCUCUUAUUGUCAUUACCAUAGAAUUAGAACAAAAUAUUGC